UCACUGGGCUGUGCGCCGAUCUUUGGUGCCCGUCCAACCUCCUCCCCCCCCAAAACGCCGCGAACGGUGCAGCGACGGCAUUGUAGGUAGCCAAGUGCGCGCAUUCCGAAGACUCCGCAGCGACACCCACCCGCCAUGUCGAAAGUCGCAACCGUCAAGGAGGCUGUCAAGGAGACGCUCGUCGGCUCGCACGAGCCCGCGCAGCUCUCCGCGCAGGCCAAGGCCCGGUUCAACCGCCAUGCGAUCAAGGACCCCGAGACGGGCGAGCUCUACCUCGGCCCUGAGCAAUUCAUCGACGCCAUUGCCCCGCCCCACGAAGACUACCACAAAAUCAAGCGGGAGCAGUUUGCGAUCCUGUUUAGCGUCGCCGACCGGACAAACAAGGGCAGGCUGACGCUUGCCGACUGGGGCUACUUUGAGAACCUCCUCAGCAAGCCCGAUGCCGAGUACGAGAUCGCAUUCCGCCUCUUCGAUGUCGACCGUCUUGGCACCGUCAAGUACGAGGACUUCCGCCGGCUCUACGAGCUGAACAAGGGGCCCGACAGCAUCCCGUUCGACUGGGACUGCGAGUGGGCCAAGCUGUACAUCGGCAGCAAGACCAAGAGGCACAGCAUGGACUACCAGCAGUUCUCCCAGAUGCUCCGCGGUCUGCAGGGCGAGCGCGUCCGGCAGGCCUUCCAGCGGUUCGAUGUCGACGGCGACGGCUACAUCGAGCCCGAGGAGUUUGCCCUGAUCAUCCGCCAGACGGCCAAGCACAAGCUCUCAGACCACCUGCUUGACAACCUGCACACGCUGUGCAACAUUGCGCAGGGCAGCAAGGUGUCCUACGCCAACGUCCGGGCCUUCCUCAACAUGAUCAACGAGAUGGACCUGGUGGAGCUCAUCGUCAGGCGCGCCUGCGCCAAGAGCAAGGAUGGCCGCAUCACGAGGGCCGAGUUCCUCAACCAGGCCGCCAAGAUCACCCGCUUCUCACUCUUCACUCCGAUGGAGGCCGACAUCCUGUUCCACUUUGCCAGUCUCGAUGAGCCUUCCGGCCGCCUCGGCCUCAGGGACUUCUCCAAGGUGCUCGAUGCGGCGUGGCGGAGGCGCGACGAGGAGGAGGAAAGCCGGCCCGUCGUGGAGGUCAAGUCCAGGGGUGGGCAGUUUGUGGCGCAGGCCAUCGAGUCGGCCUACAGCUUCGUCCUUGGCAGCGUGGCGGGCGCCUUCGGCGCCUUCAUGGUGUACCCGAUCGACCUCGUCAAGACGCGCAUGCAGAACCAGCGCGGCGCGAGCCCCGGCCAGAGGCUGUACAGCAACUCGAUCGACUGCUUCAGGAAGGUCGUCCGCAAUGAGGGUGUUCGGGGCCUGUACUCGGGCGUCCUUCCGCAGCUCGUCGGCGUGGCGCCGGAGAAGGCCAUCAAGCUGACCGUCAACGAUCUCGUCCGCGGUUGGUUCACCGACAAGCAGGGCAAGAUCUGGUGGGGUUACGAGGUGAUUGCUGGCGGUGCUGCCGGCGGUUGCCAAGUCGUUUUCACCAAUCCCCUCGAGAUCGUCAAGAUCCGCCUGCAGGUCCAGGGCGAGGUCGCCAAGAGCGUCGAGGGCGCGCCGAAGCGCUCCGCCAUGUGGAUCGUCCGCAACCUCGGCCUGGUCGGCCUGUACAAGGGCGCGUCGGCGUGUCUGCUCCGCGACGUUCCGUUCUCGGCCAUCUACUUCCCGACGUACUCGCACCUGAAGAAGGACGUCUUUGGCGAGUCGCCGACCAAGAAGCUGGGCAUCCUGCAGCUCCUGACCGCCGGCGCCAUCGCCGGCAUGCCGGCCGCCUACCUCACCACGCCCUGCGACGUCAUCAAGACCCGUCUCCAGGUCGAGGCGCGGAAGGGGGAAUCGUCGUACACGGGCCUGCGGCACGCGGCCAAGACCAUCUGGAAGGAGGAGGGCUUCCGGGCCUUCUUCAAGGGCGGGCCCGCGCGCAUCUUCCGGUCGUCGCCGCAGUUCGGCUUCACGCUGGCCGCGUACGAGCUGCUGCAGAGCGUGCUGCCGUACCCGGGGAAGAAGACCGAGGCCAAGGUGGCGCCCGGCGUGGCCGAGGCCGUGUCGACGCUCAAGGAGAAGGCCGUCGACAGCCCGUUCUACCGGUCGCGCAACGCGCUCAAGAUCCUGCUCGACCUGGACGAGCAUUUCGGGCAGACCCCGCUCCGGCCGAACGCGCAGGGCUGGAAAGCGCUGCCCGGUUGGAUGGGCGCGAAGACAGCCUGAGUGAGGGCUGGGGCAGCUUUUUAUAAUGGGGUGCAAUGGGUAGUGGUGGUGCCAGGGUCGCAUUUGGGCGGCUCGGCCGGACGAGCGGCUCUCGGCAGUGGGGAUCGGCUCGGCACCGGCAGAUCUCUCUCAUGCGCUCAUCGGUACUACCCC